UUGUGUUGUCAAAAUUCUUCUUCCCACGGAUGGGACAAAUUGUGCUGAUCUAUAUACUGUAGACGAUGGCCACUACAAGAGAAUGCGAGUGAAGCGAGUGCUCAAACUGCUGGCUGGCAUAACAAUCUGCUCCAUCUUCCUGUCUGUCUGUCUGUGGAGUCAGUGUAACCAUGGCAACCUGCCAUCCAGGCAGGACCAGAAUUUUUACAGAGAUGAUCUUGCAGCUGAUCGGCGUAUCCAAGGCAACUUCGACACGGAGCAGUUCCACCAGCGGGGAAUCCACACGAACUCGCUGAAUCCCGAACAGGAAGUGAAGUACCACGCGAUCGACUGCAUCAUCAAUGGGGAAUACAACCGACCCGUCAAGUGCCGCAGGGAUAAUGGAGACAUCUACGUACCCUUUGAUUUCAUCAAAAACUAUUUUGAGGUGUACGGCAAGCUCGAGACUGGUGAUGGCUACGAACAUCUCGCGUUCUCCCACGUGAACUCGAUGGUGCACCCCCCUCGCAAUACGUACUCCCCCAGUGGGAUCUUCAUGUCGUUUGAGUUCUACCAUGUGGAGGAACGCGAUCGCGUCAAGUGUAUUAGCGGAAUGGAAGGGGUGCCCAUCUCGACCCAGUGGACGUCCGAGGGCCACCAUUACCCGAUCCAGAUCGCGCAGUACGGCCUGAGUCACCACAGCAAGCAUGUCCUGCAGGGGGCGCCCGAGGUGCUGGUCCUCGAGGAUGGGGAGGAGGACCGCGUGGCUGACUGGAUCAUCGUCGACAAGAGGUCACAGGUCACGCUCACCGAUGACACCACGCUCGGGAUCAGAGUCGUCGAGUUCGCAUCUUCAGAUUCUCUAAAGACACCAGGUCUGUCGAUAUCGGCCGACGAGAAAACGAACCACUUCGUGUCGGUCGACCUCAAGUUCAUAUCCAACGGAAGUUUAUCUGUGAUGGUGGAGACUCAGAGUCAGCAGGUGUUUCACAUACAUUACGUGCUCAGCUCCACGCUGAUCCUCAUUGAGGGCCGCGACAUCUACUACGGCCUCGGUCCACGCCGCGGCCAGUGGAUCCACGUCACCCGCGACAUCAGCAUCGAUCUUCAGAAAGGCUUGGCCCUACGGUACAACAAGGGCAAGCGUGCCAAGUUGAAGUACAAUUUUUCUAAAAUCACCAUAAUAACAAUCCGGGGCCACGGCUGGUUGGAUAACCUGACGCUGGCCUCCUCGGCCCAUUUGGACGGUUUCUACAGCGCGGCCGACUGGCUGGUCACCCACCAGAAUGACCGCGGUGGUUGGCCGGUGAUGGUGCGGAGAAAGUUAGUGCCAGGGUUGUUAGAGCUGCCGCCAGGGUGGUACUCAGCGAUGGCACAGGGGCAGGCGAUGUCGUUGUUGGUGCGGGCGUAUCUGUCGUCGGAGAAGAAGAAGUAUCUGCGAGCGGCCAUGGAAGCGAUGAAGUUGUUCGAGAUCAGCAGUGAACAGGGCGGAGUUCUAGCCAAGUUCGCAAACACUUACGAGUGGUACGAAGAAUACCCGACGACACCGAGCAGUUUCGUUCUCAACGGGUUUAUAUAUUCGCUGUUGGGGUUGUAUGAUCUAAAGGAGGUCGCAAGCGGCGAUGCAGCUCUGAUGGCCGAGCGGUUAUACAAUGUGGGGCUGACGUCACUCAAGUUCAUGCUGCUGUUAUUUGACACGGGGUCGGGAACGUUGUACGAUCUACGGCACGUGGCCCUCGGGGUGGAGCCGAACCGCGCCCGCUGGGACUACCACACCACACAUAUCAACCAGCUGUUACAGCUCAGUGUCAUAGACAAAGACCCUCUAUUCAAGACCACGGCCAAUCGGUGGAUGGGUUACAUGAAGGGGAAGAGGUCGCAUCACAAUUAGCCAAUCAGAUCCUGCGGCUCAAGUGUUACAGACACAGAGACCACAGCCAAUCGGUGGAUGGGUUAGCCAAUCGGAUCGUGCGGCUCAAGUGUCUUAGACAAAGACCCCCCGUUCAAGACAUGGCCAAUCAGUGGAUAGGUUACAUGAAGGGGAAGAGGUCACAUCACAAUUACCCAAUCAGAUCCUGUGGCUCAGUGUCAUAGACACAGAGACCACAGCCAAUCAGUGGAUGAGUUACAUGAAGGGGAAGAGGUUACAUCACAAUUAGCCAAUCACGAUGGUGCUUGUUGUACAAGAUGAUGGGAUAUUGUUUCAUUCUUUUUGUUAUUUUUGUUUGUUUAAUGAUCAUAAUGUUCAAAGGUACGUUGUUUUUGUUACAGCUCUGUAUGGUAUUUCUGGUUUUAAAAAAAUUUCGUGAUUAAAAUAGUGAUUAAGAGUGUGCCUACAAAUGUGUUAAAGAUUCACCAAUAAUCUUAACUGGAAACGAGUAGGCCUAAAUGCUCAUGUUCGGGAACAUUUAAAAUGUUUUAAAUUGUGAAAUAUUCUGAUUAUUCAAAAACAUUACCAAAAAACUCCCAUAAAACAUUUUUAUGAAAAUGAAACCGAAAAUUAUUAUUAAAAUUAGGGCACAAUAUUUCACGCGAACGGUUGUUCUGCUAGUCGGUUAAAAAGGUUUAAGUUCACUUGAACCACCAAUCGGUUCAUAUACGGUGAACCGCUAGACAUUCUGAAAUUAAAAUGAGCAAACUUGAGACAAUAACUCAUUUUAAUUUAACUUUUAAGUAUUGAUGAUUAGGUUUCAUAUAUAUAAUUCAUGGAACUGAAAAGUCUGUAAAAUAAACAAACAAAAAACAAUCACAUAAUCCGACUUCUGGUUAUAUGUAACGUUUUGAAAUAUUGUCUCCUAAAAAUUAAAAUGCUGAACAGCUGUAUAUGGACAAUGAGUGUCCACAGAUAUUAGGACGACCACGAACCCACUAGAUAAACAGAGAUGACAAUUCUUAGGAAGAAACUAAGUUUGAAGCAGCGAUACCGUACAGUUCUGUGAGCUAGAAGACCAUGUACCUUUAAAGGUGCACACCCUAGUUUUAACCCAUUCAAAAUAGACACUAACUUUAGUUAAUUUACAAAGCUGAAUUGCAUUUGGAUAAACUUACAAUAGAGUAAUCUUGAAACCGGGAAAUAUCCUUAAAAAUAGACUUGAACUCAAAUCAGAAACCACUACUUCUCAGAUGCAUGUGUGUUUUUAAAAAUAUGAAAAAUUCAUUUUUUUGGUAUUAGAAACACCAGGAUAACCAAAAACACUUUGCUUUUAUGGAAAUUGAUAAUCUAAAGAAUACAAUAAA